UUUCGACUUUUCGGCAGCUCCUUAAUUCCCCCCAGCCACUUGGGGCAAUUGAAAUGCCACAACGUGUGCACAUGGCACCCAUGCCCACAAAACCACAAAAAAACGGCGAUGAGACAGGUAGUGAGUGCAGCGCGAAAAAAGCUCUCGGCUGAGGCAACAGGUGCUAAAGGCCCGACUUCCGUUUGUUAUCAGGCCGAGAGAGCGAGCUUUCCGGCUAAUCCGCAUAGAACUCCGGACGACAGUUAGGUAAGUCAGUGGAACGGAGAGGCGCUGGACUCCCAGACACCUAUAUAUAAAUUAAUUGGCGCACAGAAUAUUUGAGGCAGUUUCGUUUAAGCUUGAGCCGUGCUUAACGGGUUUUUAUUCGGGCUAAGAACACUGGUUGUGCACACAGAAAAUGUUGAAAAUCGUACUCGUAGUCGCGGUUCUGUCGCUAGUGAAGUGUGCACAGUCCCAAAUUGCUUUUACCAACCAGCCAUGCUCGGUUCGAAAUCCAAAAAUCGUGGGCGGCAGUGAGGCGGAGCGCAACGAAAUGCCCUUCAUGGUCAGUCUGAUGCGUCGUGGUGGUCACUUUUGUGGCGGCACUAUCAUCUCGGAGCGAUGGAUCCUCACGGCGGGACAUUGCAUCUGCAAUGGGCUGCAACAGUUCAUGAAACCAGCUCAAAUCCAAGGAGUUGUGGGUCUGCACAGCAUCAGGGAGUACCUCAACGGGAUUGGCAACGGUCCGGAUGCACUGAGGGUGGACUUCAAGAACAUUGUGCCCCAUCCGCAAUACGACUGCAACGAUGUGAAACACGAUAUAGCCCUCCUGGAGCUGGUACAGCCAAUCCGAUUCUCUUCACACAUCCAGCCCAGCUGCGUGGGAUCCGAGGAGGGGCAUCGAAGUCUGGAGCAGGAGUACGGAACUGUUUCCGGUUGGGGCUGGACGCACGAGAACCAGGCGGAAAACGAUCGGUCCGAUGUACUGCGCAAGGCCACCGUUAAAAUCUGGAACAACGAGGCCUGCGAGAGGUCCUACAGAUCCUUGGGCAAGAGCAAUACCAUUGGAGAGACGCAGUUGUGCGCCGGUUAUGAAAACGGUCAAAUCGACUCGUGUUGGGCGGAUUCUGGCGGUCCGCUGAUGUCCAAGGAGCAUCACCUGGUGGGCGUGGUGUCCACUGGGAUCGGCUGUGCUCGUCCAGGUUUGCCCGGAAUCUAUACGCGCGUCAGUAAAUACGUGUCCUGGAUGCAGAAGGUGAUAGACAGCAGGAAAUAGUUGGCCAGGAAUCUGGAACAUAAAGAUUGUGAUUCACCUGUGAUAUUAGUCGUACUCUAUUAUGUGAUCUUCUUCAA